AUGGGGGACGUGACACCAGCAGAGGAGAUUGAGCUCAGGGCUGCUUGCUGCCAGUUGUUUGAAUCCAGCAUGAGGAACGAAGCAAGAAGACUGAGGACUUUUUGGCAAUGGCCAGGCACCUCACCUGUGUCUGCCCGAGAUUUGGUCAAGGCUGGCUUUUUCUUUGUGGGUCCAAGAGAUGAAGUACAGUGUUUCUGCUGUGGUGGUGUCCUGAAGGAUUGGGGACCUGGUGAUUGCCCAAUAGCAGAGCACCUGAAGUUCUUCCCUUCCUGUAAAUUCAUUUGCGGUGAGGACGUUGGGAACCAAGAGAUGCUUCCUCUUCAGGAGAUUUUUGACACUGUGGAUGGGCAGUUCCUUAGUCUUUUGCAGGGGAUGGACAGCGAGGAGACAGCCCUGCCCAACGAACCAGAAUACCCAGAGAUGGUAACAGAGGAGGUGAGACUAUCUACAUUUCGGAACUGGCCACAAUAUACUGACAUGCAUCCUGAGCAACUGGCUAGAGCAGGAUUCUUUUACACAGGACAAGGUGAUGUAGUGAGGUGUUUUUACUGUGAUGGAGGUGUGAGGAAUUGGUCGUUUGGAGAUGAUCCUUGGAGGGAACAUGCCAAAUGGUAUCCGGGGUGUGAAUUUUUAUUGCGGUCGAGGGGGAGAGAUUUUGUUAGCAGUGUUCAGGAGUCCUUUUCUAGCACCCUGCUAUCUCCAAGAGAUUCCUGGGAUCAGACUGAAGAAGAUUCCUCUGCUUCCCAAGAUGCUGUUCAGAGAGAGACUGAAACAUCAAGUUUAAGAGAAGAAAUGCAAUCUGUGCAACAAAAGGAAUCAGAUGAGUCUCGGAUGAGCACAGAAGAACAGCUCCGACGCCUGCAAGAGGAAAGGAUGUGCAAAGUGUGCAUGGACAGAGAUGUGUCUGUUGUGUUUGUUCCUUGUGGCCACCUGGUAGCUUGUGGAGAAUGUGCCCUCAAUUUGAGAUUGUGUCCUAUCUGCAGAGCAGUCAUCCGGGGAAGUGUGAGGACUUUCAUGUCCUGA